AUGUCUUCAGCAACGGUGCAGGACACCAAGGAUAGCUUGAAACGGGACCCGGAGUUCUCAACGUUUAGCUUUAUCAAUACACGGAGUUAUUUCUUUGCGCCGGACACCCAGGAAUCUGAGCAGGAGGAGUCGACGGAUGCAAGGAGCGCUCAAAAGGAUGCUCUCGUUGCUGUGGAAACUAUGUCAAGUACGCAGAGAUCUGGUUCGACUUCCAGUGGUGGGUCAGCGGAAUUAGAAUUGCCCAGAAUCUACUACCGUCUUUACGCCAGCGACGAAGGUGCCAUCUUUGCUCAAAACCCGCUGGAUGUAAACGACCCUUCGCUUAGCUCCAUCUUCGCUGACUGGGCACCACCUCCUCAUACUGUUGGGAACCUCAAGAAGUAUAUUUGCAACCGAGAGCAGUUUCAUCCCUCGCGUGCAAGCGUAUACCUCUCACGUCGUGACCGUUCGCCAGCCCUUGAUUACACAAAAGUAGAUCUACUUAGUUCGACUCUGAGACCUGGAUCUACUCCCGAGAAGGCUAUCGCUAUUGUUGUACAGCUAGAUGCAGAAGGAUUGGGUACAGCAAGCAAUCCGCUGCCGAUAGCCUAUAGGUGUAAGAAAGGGAUGGAAGAAAUGGCGCAGGCGAUUCGAGCCGUUGUGGAUGCUACCGCUCAAAAACGAGCGAAGUUGGCCAUGAGGAUCAAAAAGUUGAAGGAACGACGGGCUGAGGCGGGAAGGGAGAGAGAAAGAACGCGGGAGGAGCAGACGCUGGAGAGGGAACGAACGAAACGCCAAAAGGUGCUUCAAAGGGAGUUGAUCAAGGUACACGAGAAAGAGCGGGUACGGGAGCGAGAAGCCACGAAGGAACGACAGAAGGCACAGGAAUGGGAGACGAAGAAGGACCGGGAGCUAAAGGAAAGGGAGAAUGACGCAUUGGCAAACGUUGAUCGGGGAGGAGAAGCUGCUCGGCAGCAGAGUCCCAGUCCUAAACCAUCUUCUAUUUCGCCUCCAGUACCACCCAAGACUUACCGACCGCCGCUGCGCCCUGGGACAUAUGCUUCGAGAUCUGUGGUUCAAAGAGCUCGCGCGAGUAUCACUACCAGCAAUUCUGGUUCAGUGACGUCAAGAAGCAUACAACGAAGACACACUACCGCCAAUGCAAGACCACAGGCCAUUCGAGGAUCUAUGAUCAUGAUGAUGCCUUACCUCAUCCACUCAUCCAGGGGAUGA